UUCUUAUCGAUAUCGGCUCCACCUGCUUCGUCAACCCCUGCGUUGGUCUUGGCUUCGCUCAUACUGCAACAACAGCAAUUCGACAUACCGACCACGGAAUUAUACACACCAUGGACGAUUGAAACAGUCUCCAGAACCAGUUAAUAUGGCACAGCAAGCGGUGGUAACAUCGCUGCCUCAACCUGCUUCCCAAGUGUCAUCUUUAUCCUUCACGCAGGGCUUUCUCCUUGGUCAACUCUCUAUUGCUCUCCUGAUUUUCUUCUUCAUAAAAUUCUUCAUUUUUGGAGAACCUCCCAGUGCCGACGAUCGUGCGUUACAUCUCUCGUCUCUCCGCCGCGCCCGCACUCUCGCCCAUCAAAACUCUCUACAACAAUUACACCAGCGGACGCGGUCUAACAGUACCAACACCAACCCCUUGAACACCAAGAGCUCGAUAAAUGUAAUUAGAAAUCCGGCGAAUACGGGAGGUCCUAGCAUAGCCACUAUCCUAGCGAAGACGUAUUACAAUGUCAAAGGGCACCAGCCGGAGAGUUUGGACUGGUUCAAUGUGCUGAUCGCACAAACGAUAGCACAGUUGCGCGCCGAUGCUCGACACGAUGGUGCUGUCUUGACUUCAUUAAACGAACUCCUCAAUUCUGGGAGCAAGCCUGACUGGAUCGGCGAGAUCAAAGUCACAGAGAUAGCAUUGGGAGAUGAAUUCCCCAUCUUCAGUAACUGCCGAGUGAUGCCUGCGGAAGACGGAUUUCUAGGAGGAAGCGCCGGUAUUGCAGGACAGGAAGAAGGUCGAUUGCAAGCGCGCAUGGAUGUUGACUUGAGCGAUGUCAUCACAUUAGGGAUCGAAACAACGCUGAACCUCAACUAUCCCAAACCACUCGUCGCUGUCCUCCCAGUCGCACUUGCUGUAAGCGUGGUGCGUUUCUCCGGAACCCUCGCUCUAUCAUUCAUCCCCUCAUCUACACCCCCGUCAACGUCUACUCCGACGCCCUCGCAGUCCCCCUCUGCCUCGCCAUCGGACAAACCUCGCCCGUCAUCGUCUAGUGGCCCUCCACGCCGCCCAACCACUCUAGCCUUCACAUUCCUCGACGACUACCGCCUCGACCUCUCCGUCCGGUCUCUAGUCGGCUCUCGCUCUCGAUUACAAGAUGUUCCGAAGAUUGCACAGCUCAUCGAGUCACGUAUCCACGCCUGGUUCGACGAACGUGCCGUAGAACCACGAUUCCAACAAAUCGUACUUCCCUCGCUUUGGCCACGCAAGAAGAACACGAGAGGAGUACAGGAGGAAGAUGAAGACCAAGACGACGAGGCAGAUGAGGGUAUCGACGUUACGUCGCCACCGCAGGAAGCCUCUGUAUUGCCAGAGCCUUCUGACACAACUGCUUCCGGAGUUGCAGCGCGGAAUCGACCAUCGUCGUUUCUGCCCGCAAUGUCCCUGGAGGCUCAGAUAGAAGCGGAAGGUGCAAAACUAAGGGAAGCGGAGAUCAGAGCUGGAGAACGAAGCCCUAGUCGAGACCGCGAUGAUACAAGUGGUAUGCGUUGGCGGAGGGAACACAGAAGUGACAUGCAUGAUGGGAGAGGACCAAGCAGGUCCGCAAAUAGGUUCGGAGGCGCUUGGGAGGGAGAUAGAGGAAUGGCAAACCGCGGUCCUCGGAGAUGA